AUGACUUCCGCGCCGUCCUCCCUCCCGCUCAAGGACCCGUCCCUCUUUGUCGGCCGCGGCUUCAUAGGCGGCGAGUGGGUCGGUGCGGAUGACGGCAGCACGGUCGACGUGACGGACCCGGCGUCGGGGCUCUGCCUCGGAUCCAUCCCCAACAUGGGCGGCAGCGAGACGCGGCGUGCGGUCGAGGCCGCGGAGGCUGCGUUCGCUAGCUGGCGCUCCAAGACGGGCAAGGAGCGCGGCGCGGUGCUUCGCCGCUGGUUCGACCUGAUCAUGGCCAACCAGCAGGACCUGGCUGCGAUCAUGACGGCGGAGUGCGGCAAGCCCAUGGCGGAGGCGGUGGGCGAGAUAGCGUACGGCGCCUCGAUCGUGGAGUGGUGCGCCGGAGACACGAGCCUCUCCCCACCCUCAGCCCUGACCCAAGCCCUAGGCGCCUCGUUUGUGGAGUGGUUCGCCGAGGAGGCGAAGCGCGUCUACGGCGACGUCGUCCCAAACACGACGCCGGGCACGCGCAUCCUCGUCCUCAAGCAGCCGGUGGGCGUCGUGGGCGCAGUCACGCCGUGGUCCUCUGACCCUAACCCUAACCCUAACCCUAACCCCAGGUGCGCCCCCGCCCUCGCCGUCGGCUGCCCGGUCGUGGUCAAGCCGUCCGAGCUGACGCCCUUCUCCGCGAGCGCGCUGGCGCUGCUCGCGGAGCGAGCGGGGAUGCCGAGCGGCGUGCUCAACCUGGUGCUCGGCGCGAAGGCGCAGGAGGUCGGCGACGAGCUCUGCUCCAACCCGACCCUCACGCCCGCGACGUGUCCCGGACGCGUCCCGGCAUGUCCCGCAGGCUCGACGGCGGUGGGCAAGCAGCUGCUUCGCCAGUCGGCCGCCACCGUCAAGAAGGUGAGCAUGGAGCUGGGCGGGCACGCGCCGCUCAUC